GCAAUUGCACCCUUCUCUUACAUUUGGGAAAAUAUUUUGUUUGUUUCAGCAUGUUUAUAAUUCUGAUAAGAACAACAGUUCUGAGUAGGCUAUGAGGACAAAACAAUAUCGCGGUUGGUUGGGUGACUCCAUCACUCUGUAAGAGUUAUCUCGUGGGCGGGAACUGCUCUGCCCUUGAUACUGAAGUCUCCUCCUCCUCUGCAAGCUGUUUGCUUAAUUCUCGUGGGGGUGAUGCCCUGUUACUAACGCAAUAAAGCUCCUGGAUGCAAUCCACGGCACAAUGCAUGGAUCAUUUUCAUCGGACAGACCCACUACUACUUUCUCCUCCCCUCUCGCACUGUGUCAUUACCAGCCAACUGCUGCCUGUCUGAGCUGCCUGUCGGCGUGUAACCAGCAUCCCAUGAUGGUGGCAUUCAAAGGAAUCUGGACCAAGGACUUCUGGAGGGCUGUCUCAGCUGAGUACCUAGCCACCAUGAUCUUCGUCCUCCUCAGCCUGGGUUCCACCAUCAAUUGGGCGGCCGAGUCAGACAACCCUCCCCCUGCAGACCUGGUCCUCAUCUCAUUUUGCUUCGGGCUGGCCAUUGCCACAAUGGUGCAGUGCUUUGGUCACAUCAGCGGUGGCCACAUCAACCCGGCAGUCACUGCAGCCAUGGUGGUGACCCGGAAGUUGAGCCUGGCCAAGGGUGUGUUCUACCUAGCUGCCCAGUGCCUGGGAGCGAUCACUGGGGCAGGGCUCCUCUACCUGGUGACACCAGUGUCUGUCAGAGGGGGCCUGGGAGUGACUAUGGUGAACCCCAAGCUCAACGUGGGCUGCGGCCUGUUGGUGGAGCUCCUGAUCACCUUCGAGCUGGUCUUCACGGUGUUCGCCACCUGUGACCCCAAGCGCUCUGACGUUAACGGCUCGGCUGGCCUCGCCAUCGGAUUCGCUGUAGCCAUCGGUCAUCUGUUCGCAAUUCCAUAUACAGGAGCCAGUAUGAACCCCGCUCGCUCCUUUGGGCCUGCAGUCGUCACCAUGAACUUUGAGAACCACUGGGUGUACUGGGUUGGUCCAAUCCUGGGUGGCAUAAUGGCGGGCCUCUAUGAAUACCUGUUCUGCCCUGACCCUGAGCUGAAGAAGAUACUCCGCGAAGUCUUCCAGAAGGAUCCAUCUUCGGGGAGUACAGGGAGGUGGGGGGCGUAUGUCCAGGGGGAACCAGACGACCUGAUCAUUAAGCCAGGCUCCAUCCAUAUCGACCUGGAGAAGGGGGAGAAGAAGGACCCUUUCCUGGCCUCGACGGGCGAGGUGCUGUCCUCUGUAUGACUACCACGGGCACGGAGAGGGAGACCAACCUAUAGAGCAGGGGGAGAUCCAGGAGAGACACUUUGAUUCUGGGUCCUCCACCCUGUACCAUACCAUAAGCCCCAUACCCCAUGUCCCCAUACCUAAACCCACACAGACUCACUUCUCAGGCAGAAUAGGAUUGGUGCAUUUCCUCUCAAUGCUUGUGUAUUAUUGUAUAUGGUGGUGAGCCUUCCUCAACAUUUGUGAAGUAACUGGAUAAUAUACAUACCGUUCAAAAGUUUGGGGUCACUUAGAAAUGUCCUUGUUUUUGAAAGAAAAACACA